AUGGAAAUACCGAACCGCCACCGUCACCGUCACCGUCACCGUCACCACCUCCUCCUCCAUCUCCUUAUCAUCUCGGCCGUCAUAUCUUCCGCCGGGGACGACAGUGCUGCUAUUUUGAAGAUAGCUGCAGCCUUCAAACCCACUCCCAAAGGGUGGUCGACCUCCACGGCAAACAAUUAUUGUAGCUGGCAAGGCAUAAGUUGUGAUAAAUCCAACCGUAUCACUUACAUCAGUUUGGCAUCUAAAUCAGUGUCGGGUACCCUGUCACCUGAAAUCUCCACCUUGUCCGAGCUCCGAAGCGUGUCGCUUCAACGCAAUUCCAUAUCGGGGAACAUCCCAUCGUUCGGCGAAUUAUCCAACUUACAAAAGCUUUUCCUUGAUUUCAAUGCCUUCACUUCAAUCACCCCCGAUGCAUUCGCUAGCUUAUCAAGCAUUCAAACGCUGAGUUUGAGUGAAAACCCGAAACUAAGUCCAUGGAGUUUCCCGAAUAUAUCUAAAUUGACAACCCUGGUCGAGCUUGGACUAGGGAAUACCAAUAUAUAUGGUACCUUGCCUGAUAUAUUCGGAUCUUUAAGCAGUUUACAAAGUUUAAGGGCAUCAUACAACAAUCUGAACGGUACAUUACCAUCUUCAUUAGGUGGUUCCAUGAUUCAAAACUUAUGGAUCAAUAAUCAAAAUACUGGGUUUGGUUUCACGGGGACUUUAGAUGUUUUAUCCAACAUGACAGAGUUGGCUCAAGCUUGGGUUCAUGUCAACAUGUUUACUGGUCCAAUCCCAGAUUUGUCUAAAUGUAAAAACCUAUUCGAUCUGCAGAUUCGAGAUAACCAAUUAACAGGGCCAGUUCCGAAAUCCUUGUUUAACCUUUCGAGUUUGAAGAAUGUUUCAUUGAAUAAUAAUAAAUUACAAGGCCCUUUCCCAAAGUUUCCUAGCUCAGUUUCGAGAGUUGCUAUCAAUGGAAGCAAUAAUUUCUGUAAUAGCAAUGGGGCUCCUUGUGAUCCUCAAGUUUCGACAAUGAUUGAAAUAGCGGGUGGUUUUGGGUACCCAAUUUUGCUUUCUGAUAGUUGGGAAGGAAAUGAUGCUUGUAAAAUGUCUUUUGUUACUUGUGAUGUACAAAAGAAUGUUAUUACAGUGAACCUUGCCAAAAAAGGUUUGUUUGGGAGGAUUUCUCCUUCAUUUGGGGGACUCAAGGAGUUGAAGAAUCUGAAUUUGAAUGAUAAUAAGUUAUCUGGUCCAAUCCCUGAUAGUCUCACUAAGUUAACUUAUUUACAGCUUUUUGAUGUGUCCAAUAAUAAUCUCAGUGGAGAUAUACCACAAUUUUCUAGUUCAGUGAAAUUUGUUCAUACAGGGAAUAGCUUACUUGGAAAACCAGUUGUUUAUAGUCCUCCUGGUGGUAGUUCCGGUAGUCCUAGUGUUUCUAGUGGAGGAAAUUCUAGUGAUGGAAGCUCUGGAAACUCUAGUGGCAUUGUCAAAGGUAAGACUCUUAAGGGUAUGAUUGUAGGCUUUGCUAUUGGUGCAGCAGUUUUACUUGCUAUAAUCUCCUUUGUUUCUUACAAAUAUGUAAUGAAAAAGAAAAAUGAGAAACGUGGGAAGAUGAAGAAGAACAAUGAUACUGAGAAAGGAAUUUUUAAGGAUGUAGCAGUGAGUGUUGGAAAGGAUAACAGUGAAAACCAAAGCCAAACCAGUAAUGUUCAAAGCAAUCAACAAGCGUUUGAUGGUGGGAAUAUUGUGGUCUCCAUUGAGGUUUUAAGAGAAGUGACUGAUAAUUUCAGUGAAGCUAAUAUAUUAGGGAAAGGUGGAUUUGGGAUUGUUUAUAAAGGUGUAUUGCAUGAUGGGACACAAAUUGCAGUCAAAAGGAUGGAAUGUGUUGGUAAAGGUACUAAAGGAAUGGCUGAGUUCCAAGCUGAAAUUGCAGUGCUUUCAAAGGUUAGGCAUAGGCAUUUGGUUGCUCUUUUAGGUUAUUGUAUCAAUGGUAAUGAGAGGCUUUUGGUUUAUGAGUACAUGCCUCGUGGUACCCUUAGUCAGCAUCUCUUCCGACGGAUUGGCGGUUCGCCGCUCACAUGGAAGCAAAGGCUCACUAUUGCAUUGGAUGUUGCUAGAGGGGUGGAAUAUUUGCAUUCUUUGGCUCAACAAAGUUUCAUUCACAGGGAUUUGAAGCCUUCAAACAUACUUCUUGGGGAUGAUAUGAGGGCUAAAGUUGCUGAUUUUGGACUGGUUAGAAAUGCACCUGAUGGCAAACACUCUGUGGAGACAAGAUUGGCUGGCACAUUUGGUUAUCUUGCUCCUGAAUAUGCUACAACUGGAAGGGUGACUACUAAGGUGGAUGUGUAUGCAUUUGGAGUGGUAUUAAUGGAGCUAAUCACAGGCAGAAAAGCUUUAGAUGAAACCUUACCUGAAGCACAUUUGGUGACAUGGUUCCGCAGAAUACUAAUCAAUAAAGACGAAAUCCCGAAAAACCUCGACGAAACAAUCAAAUGUAACGCGGACAACGAUGAGGACCGUGAGACAUUGGCGAGCAUCUUCAAGGUGGCUGAGCUAGCCGGUCACUGCACACUUCGUGAGCCAUCUCAGAGACCCGACAUGAGCCAUGCAGUCAACGUGCUGAGCCCAUUUGUUCAGCAAUGGAAACCAACGAACCAAGAGGAAGAUGAAACCGUAGGCAUUGACCUCGAUAUGAGCCUCUCUCAGGCUCUACAAAGAUGGCAAACAACCGAAGGGAGUUCGACGACGUUCGGUGAUACAACGUCACGUUACGGGACACAGUCGAGCAUCUCGCCAAGAACAUCGGAACCGCAGGACACGUCGAGCUCGAACGAUACACGUUGA